UAAACACCCCAUGCCACUACUGUUCCAUAUCUCUUACAAGCAAACACAUAUGGCCAUGGAUGACCUUGUGCAAAACAUUCUGACCCUAAUCAUUGUUUCUAUUAUUACCAUUAUUAUUACAACACCCAUUUGCUGCUCUUCUUCCGAUUUCGUGCCUCCGAGUCUUGGGAUUGGCACCAGUACUUGUUUGGAUACCGUUCCACAAAAUCAAAAUUCUUCUUCAACCUUCAAGGAUCGGAUAGUCGAGCUGGCGAAUCAUCCAAACACGGUGGAUUGGAUGAAGAAGAUAAGGAGAGAAAUUCACGAGAAACCCGAGCUUGCAUUCGAAGAAUUCGAGACCAGUCAAGUCAUUAGGCGUGAACUUGACCGACUUGGUGUGGCUUAUCGGUGGCCGGUCGCACGGACCGGUGUUGUGGCUACGAUUGGGUCCGGUUCACCGCCCUUUGUUGCUUUAAGAGCCGAUAUGGAUGCCUUGCCAAUUCAGGAAUUGGUGGAAUGGGAGCACAAGAGUAAACUAGACGGAAAAAUGCAUGCUUGUGGUCACGACGGGCAUGUGGCGAUGCUCCUUGGCGCUGCAAAGAUCCUACAAGCUCUUCGAGACACAUUACUGGGGACUGUUGUUCUGAUAUUUCAACCAGCGGAAGAACAAGGGCAAGGAGCAAAAGAAAUGAUUGAAGAAGGGGUGCUUGAAAAUGUGGAGGCCAUUUUAGGGUUGCACAUGGUGAAUAGGUAUUCUAGUGGAGUUGUUGCAUCAAGACCUGGAGAAUUUCUUGCUGGCUGUGGGAGUUUCAAAGCUAAGAUUACUGGAAAAGGAGGUCAUGCAGCAUUGCCACAACACAACAUUGAUCCAAUUUUGGCUGCCUCUGCUUCUGUUAUUAGUCUGCAAAACAUCGUCUCUAGGGAGACUGACCCUCUAGAUUCUCAGGUGGUUUCUGUAUGCAAGAUUCAUGGAGGAACUGCAUUUAAUGUCAUCCCAGACUCGGUUACAAUUGCUGGAACGUUUAGGGCUUUCAAUGACAAAAGUUUCAACGCGCUGAGGGAAAGAAUAGAGGAGGUUAUAAAAGGGCAGGCAGCGGUACAUCGUUGCACGGCGGAGGUUGAUUUUGUCGGGAAGGAACACCCGACACUGCCUCCAACUGUAAAUGAUCAAAGAAUUUACGAGCAAGUAAAGCAAGUAGUGAGUGAGAUUGUAGGUGAAGAGAAUACAGAAGUGGCUCCUCGCUUCAUGGGGAGUGAAGAUUUUGCUUUCUACUUGAACGAAGUCCCUGGUAGUUUUUUGUUUUUAGGCAUUAGAAAUGAGGGGAAUGGAUUAUAUCCUCCUCAUAGUCCUUAUUACACCAUUGAUGAGGAUGUGUUUUCUACUGGUGCUGCAAUACAUGCAGCAUUUGCACAUUCUUACCUUUCAAACUCAUUAACAAAAUUGGACUCUUCUUGCUAAUUAAGAUGAAUAUUCUCUACGAUUUCUUUCAUAUGAGAUUUGCCACUCA